GUAUUACGACGGUUACCGACUGAGAACGACGGAUUUUUAGUUCUAUCAAUGUUUUGAACGUAUUUAAAUGGAUCUGAAACAAAAAAAUGAUUUUUAAUUAAUAAACGCUUUCAAUCAGUUUUGAAUGGGUUUAACUCGUUAAACUGCUGUGAUUUAUCCGACAGAACAUUAUAGUGCAGUGAAAUUUGUAAAAGCGAACAGUUAGAAGGGAAAUUGAUGUGAUUGUUUUCGAAUUUUUUGUCGUAAUAUUUUAUCGAUAAUUAGUUUCUGUAAAACUCCAUGAUAGCCAAAUAUUCGUAUAUUGACUAUCGAACUUCUUCGGCAAAUAAGUUUACUACACAUUCGGUAAAAAAUAAAGACAAUCGUUCAGUGCUUGAUUACUAAUUGUGUUUUGACCGUCGGCACUUCUAUAUCGUCAAUCGCUAAAUAAAUAACCAUGAUCUAAAUGGUCCGCACCGAUCACCAACAAUCAUGACAACACUAACCUCACGAUCGCUGUCGCUAAUACCACUACCCCUUAACAUAUCGAUCGGAGGCAACGACUUAAUGCAAGGGAAUCGAAUGUUGCACAGUCAUUGCAUUCCUAGUCCUCACACAUCAUCGCCGAAGGAUGAUCGUUUAUCACCUCCCAGUCGUUACAGUAGUGAAAGUAGUCCAAACAAUCAUUUAUCACUAGAUGGCAUAAAUCGUAGUCUCGUUGAAAAUAGAAAGAACGUGAUGGAUGAUUUUAGCGAUGCUCGAUCAAGUUCAGUAUCUAGUUUCAAUCGUGAACAAGAUGAAAUGAGUUGUUGCAGUGAUGAUAGCGAACUAUCGGUUGGAAAAGAAGUCGACAGUGGGCAAACAUUCGAUGCCGAACAAGUCAUAACGAGACAUAAUUUAAAUCGUGUUAAAAAACGUGUUGAUCUCGAUGAUAUGGAUAGUGUUGAUGAUUCUUGUGGAACGCCAAUAACGGAAAGGACGAAUCCUUGUGCUAGUGAUGAUUUAAGUAACGAUUCCUCUAGAUAUACAACAUUACAGCCAAAUAGUCCUCGUGACGAAUCGGUACGGUUUCCCAUUGUUAGACCAAGUCCAACACGGCUACAAGAAGAGUUUCUACGAAAUUCACAAUUGUACGCCGAAGAAUUGAUGAAACAUCAAAUGAGUUUUAUGGCUGCAACAAAAGGGCUAAACAUUAGUCCGAAAAUCAAUGAUCAUUCGUUCGGUUACCCUGUACGACCCGAUGUCAGUCCGAUAAAAAUGGAAGAACCAAAAAUUGGGUUUCGACCUUUGAUUCGAUCGCUAGAAAAGGAUCAACGCUGGAAUAAUAUGGACGAUCGAGCCUCCCACUCACCGGAAAGUUUAAAUUUUCGCGGUAUUCAUUCUCAUCUCAGUGCGAUAUCGAAAAUUACAUCGGCAUUAGGACGCGGUGAAAUGGUCAAUCUAACGUCGCCCGGCAGUAUGACGUCGCGUGAAAGCUCACAAUCGCCACCCAUCAAUAUACAACAAUUGAUCAACAAUAACAUUAUGAACGACUCGAAUUUAAAAUUUAGCAUCGACAAUAUUUUAAAGCCGACAUUCGGCCGACGCAUUACCGAUCCCUUGUUGAAACGAAAUAAAAGCAAUAAAAAAUCGGCAGCACAAAGGGCGUCCCAGGGAAACGAUAAACAUGGUAAAGCUAUUGAUCUAACGGCGACAACAAAUGGUUUAGAUGCAAUGACAACAACAAUGGCCACGCCAUCAAUAGCAACACCACCAUUGUCAGCACAAACCGAACAAGAUAAACCGACAACUGAGUCAACAUCAAAGUCACCUAUGGUAUGGCCGGCUUGGGUGUAUUGCACAAGAUACAGUGAUAGGCCGAGUUCAGGACGAAGUCCCCGAACGAGAAGGCCCAAGAAACCACCGAGUGAAAAAGGAAGUUCAUCGGAUGAAAAAAGACCCCGGACAGCAUUUAGCGGACCACAGCUAGCCAGAUUGAAGCACGAAUUCGCCGAAAAUCGAUAUCUAACGGAGCGACGGCGUCAACAAUUAAGCGGCGAACUCGGCUUAAACGAAGCUCAAAUAAAAAUCUGGUUUCAAAAUAAACGCGCAAAAAUAAAAAAGUCGUCUGGUCACAAAAAUCCGCUGGCACUGCAAUUGAUGGCACAAGGUUUGUACAAUCACUCCACCGUUCCGUUGACGAGAGAAGAAGAAGAACUGCAAGAGUUGCAAGCUCAAGCGAAAGCUGGUGCUUAAAUUACGUUGGACCUAACAAAUGAAAACAAGACAGAUUCUCAUGCAAUUUUAGCAUAAAUUGAAGUUCGAGUGCCAUUAAUAAAAAAUUAUUGCUAAGAAAAGUGCGUAAUUGAAAAAUUAUAAAUAAUGUGUACCCGUAGCAUAGGGGUAUCGCGAGUCUCAGUUACGGAGAGUAUAAGUAUUAUGAAUAAUGUUCACGAUUUAUAUGUAUAGAGAGAAAAGAAUUAUAAAUACGAAGAUUAUACGUGCGUAUAAACUGAAGUCAAUUCAAUAAAGUGUAACGAUCAUUCUACUUUAUCACAAUGCCACCAUAAAACUUGUUUUCUCAACGAAAAUUAUGUACUAUAAAAUAUAGCAAAAUAUUUAUCAACAAAAAAAAUUGUGUAUUUAUGUAUUUAUUACCGAACGUAUACCUAUUUGACUUGAAAUGAAAAUU